AUGGACAGUGAGAAGAACAUUGUUAUAUUGGGCGGAUCAUACGGUGGCCUCUCGACCGCUCACUAUCUUCUCAAGCAUGUCUUGCCAAAACUUCCAGACAACGAUUCCUACAAAGUCAUUUUGGUCAGCACAUCAUCUCAGGUCUUUUGUCGCCCUGCUUGUCCUCGUGCCAUGAUAUCCGACGAGGCGUUCUCGCAGGAGAAACUCUUCGUGGACAUCAAGCCCCAAUUCGACCAAUACGGCCAGAAGGGGCUCCGUUUCAUCCACGGGACAGUCACAGAACUAGAUCACAAGCACCGCAAGGUCACCAUCACCACUCACCAUGGCACCUCUGAGGUGAUCAACUUUCACGCAGCAGUCAUAGCGACCGGCUCAUCAUCCACGUCUCCGCUGCUCGGCCUGCAAGGGGACGAGAAGAUGCUUCGCGAGCGCUGGGCUUCCUUGCGAACCAGUCUCUCCACUGCGACAAGCAUCGUGAUCGCCGGUGGAGGACCAGCCGGCGUCGAAGCAGCAGGCGAGCUAGGCGAACACCUCAACGGCCGCGCCGGAUUUCUCGCUGCGCGGCUUCCCAGGCCCAAUGUGAAGAUCACCGUUGUCACCAGCGCACAGGAGCUCCUCCCUGCCCUGCGCCCAUCCCUCGCCGGCAAAGCAGAAUCCCUCCUUGCCAAAGUCGGCGUGACGGUGAUCAAAAACACCCGCGUCAUCUCUGUUACCCCCGAAGGGACAGGUACAGACCCAGCGCUGCUGACCACCCCUGGCACUGUACUUCUGGCAGACGGCCGGUCCCUCGAGGCGGACAUCUAUAUCCCUGCCAUGGGCACGACGCCGAAUACGUCCUUUCUCACGGACAGGUCUCUGCUCUCGCGCGACGGCCGCAUAGAGACCAACUCGGCGACCCUUCGGGUGGACGGGACGGGGCCGGACGGGCGGGUGUAUGCCAUUGGCGAUGCGAGCACCUUUGCGCGUCCUGCGGUGCACACUAUUCUCGCUGCGGUUCCUGUGCUCUGCUCUAAUAUGCAGCGCGAUCUGCUCCGUGCAGCGGGGCAGGCGGUGGGAGGGCAGGAUCGUGUGUAUCGAGAGGACAAGAGGGAGACGCAAUUGGUGCCGAUCGGGAGAACCAAGGGGGUCGGUGCAGCGAUGGGGUGGCAGGUGCCUAGCUUCUUGGUGUGGCUGAUCAAAGGACGGGAUUACUGGCUGUGGACGACGGGAGACUUGUGGAGUGGGAAGCAGUGGUCUAAGGAGUCUUGA